UGGGAGCUCCCCCCUUUCUGCCCACUCCUUGUUCAUUCCUCGGGCACAAAGGUUGCUCAAGGAGACUCCAGGACUGGGGUCUGCCUUGUCACUGUCACCAGGAGGCUUUUUUUCUUCCUGACUAGCCAGAGCUCCCCAUCAGUCUUCGCAGCGCCUCUGGAAGCAAAGGGAAGGCAGCUGUGGGAUCCAGGCUGAGCAGAGCCCAGGUAAAGCAGGCUUGGGAACGGACUGACAGGGAGGUUGGGAUGUCACAGGUCUGAGCACAGAGCCAGGGGGGCGGGGAACAGCCAGGAAGGAUGGUAGGUUCUGCUGCUCGCUUGAUGAAGGGGGUCAGCGUGUGUCUGUGUCAUCGAGGUGGGCAGGGAAGGGGAGGGCUGUGUGGGGCGUGGUGUGGGGGGGGGAGCGUAUAUAGGCUGGUGUGGCUGAAACCGAGGAGCCUCACAUCCGAAGGAGCCUGGCUACUGACAGCUCCCAGCAUCCUGCUUCCAGCUCCUGCACCAUGAAAAUCCUGUUUUGUGACCUCCUGCUUCUCAGCCUCUUCUCCAGCGUGUCCAGCAGCUGUCAGAAGGACUGUAUGGCCUGCAGAGAGAAGCUCCGCCCCACUCUUAACAGCUUCGACCUUGAGGUGUGCAUCCUCGAGUGUGAAGGGAAGGUUUUCUCCGGCCCUCUCUGGACUCCGUGCACCAAGGUCAUGGCGAGGGGCUCCUGGCAGCUCAGCCCUGCUGACCCAGACCACGUGGUAGCUGCUCUUGACCAGCCAAGAGCCUCUGAGAUGCAGCAUCUGAAGAGAAUGCCCCGUGUCAGGAGCCUCUUCCAAGCUCAGAAAGGGACAGAGCCCGGCAUGGAGGAGGUGGGGGGCACGGAGCAGAGGCAGCUGCAGAAGAGGUUCGGGGGUUUCACCGGAGCCCGGAAGUCGGCCCGGAAGUUGGCCAACCAGAAGCGGUUCAGUGAGUUUAUGAGGCAGUACCUGGUCCUGAGCAUGCAGUCCAGCCAGCGCCGGCGCACCCUGAACCAGCAUGGUAAUGCGUAGCCGGAAGGGGAGCCCCUCCAAGCUGUACCGUCCACUUCAACCCAUGAGUGUCCGGGUGAUCCACAAAUCAGCAUGUCUCCAGCCCCAGACCUGCCGGCUGGGAAUCAGGAUUCCUUCCUCCCCAAGGCCCUGAGGCAGGCCUUGUCUCCAGGCCUCCACCCACAGGGCCCAGCCCCAUCUGGUUGUCUUUCCCUUCCCCCCUCCUUCCUGCCCCUCCCCCCAUGGCAUGUUUCAUGACAACCCUGUUACUACAUCAGAGUGUAUUUUUGUAAUUCUUCCAGCUAACAUUUAAACAGCCCCAUCUUUCCUUCUCACCCACCUCUUCCCUCUUCUAGGGGUGGGUUCAAGGAACAGGAAAUCAAGAGUGGGGUUUUGACUCGUCACUGCCAUAACUUGUUUGUAAAAGAGCUGUUCUUUUUGACCUAUUGUUUUAAACAGAUAUUUCUCCAUUAAACUUAUACUGAGCAAAUGGUUAGCAAAUUGGUUGGCUGGGGUUUUUUUCUUAAAAAGUGAGCAUUUUUAUUCCUGAAGAGCCUUUAGUGAGAGUAAAAACAGGGACAAAAAGGGACUUCCCUGGUGGUCCAGUGGUUAAGACUCACGCUCCCAAUGCAGGGGGCUGGGUUUUGAUCCCUAAUGGGGGAAUUAGAUCCCGCAUGCAUGCCGCAACUCACACCUGGCACAGCCAAAAUAAAUAAUUUUUUUUAAAAGAAAAGACAAAGAGAAAUGUUUAAAUCCAGAAAUUACCCAGGAAUAUGAUCCAAAAUGC